AUGGCCGACGAAGACGGAGGCUUGUUCAGCAUUGCUAUCGAUGACUCUGACGAGGAAGGCCUGAUCUCGGAGGCGGCGGCCAAGGCCAAGGAGAGGCCCAGAGAUUGGCAAUCAGAGGAGGAUUUUCAGGCGCUCAGGGCUACGUACAGGGUCAAUGUGCAAGAUGGCGAUAUUUGGCAGACGAUCGAGCUGCCUCUGGGCGCCGAUGAAAAGGCCAGCAAGCCGGUCCUCCAGGAACUGCUACACGCCGUGGAGGAGCUGUACUUCCUCCGCAGGUUCGAGGAGGCGGCGGCGUUCGCGAGGCGGGUCCUGGAGGGGAGCGACGCGGCGCUGGACCGGGACACGAAGGAGAUGCUGACACGGUACGAGGAGAAAUGCCAUGGUCGGAUGGCGAAGUGA